ACUAAUUUAUACAAAAGAAAGUACAUAUAUGUACAAACUUUUGCCUAGCUUGUAGAAGUUACACACACGCGUUUUCAAAAUAAGAAAUUAUAACCCAACUUUUUGUAAGUUCCCAUUGGGUUUGUAAUAUAUUAUUAUAAAAUGUCAACAGAAGAAAAUUUAGAUUAUGUUCCUGGAUUUUGUCCACUUUGCGGUGAUAUUUUACCUUUAUUAAAGGAAAAAGGUGGUGUUAAAUGUUAUAGUUGCGACCAUGAAUGGGGACCAAAUGUGUUUUCGAAUAUUAAAGCUGAUUAUGUAAUUCAUUUUAACGAUGUGGAUGCAUUAGAAGCGAAAAUUAAAGAUGAUUCAAAGAAAAGUAAGAAAAAACAGAAUGAAGGUCCGGUUAUCGAACGAAAAUGUGUGAAAUGUGGUAAUGGUAAAAUGUCGUACGCAACUUUACAAUUACGAUCAGCCGAUGAAGGACAGACAGUCUUUUAUACUUGUACAAAAUGUGGGUUUAAAGAAUCAGAGAACUCAUGAAAGAUUUAUUAUUUAUUGAAUAAACUGUAUAUAAAUAUUUUUUUACGAAAUAUAGAUAGUAAAUCGAUGAGUUUGGAGAAUUGGUA